UGUGUUAAACAAUACCAUAAUGAUAUACACUAUACGCACCCAAAUUUAUUUUCAUAUUUCUGGCAAUUAAGACAUAUAUUUCUGUUUAUUCUCAUUAAAUUCCGUUUUCGUUACCAUUAAGUAAAAAAAUCGUGGAAAAUAUACGUGAAUAUGAGUGUGGACGCACCGGAAAAAAAUGAAUAUCCACGCGCAUCAAGUGGCUUGGUGUUUGCAUCGAUUGUAGCUUAUGUUGGGAGCCUUUUUCUGGUAAUGUCGUUUUGCUCACCUUAUUGGAUCGAAUCGUAUGAUGGGUCAUUCAGUUCAUUCAAGAAAAUGGGUCUCUGGGAGUACUGUUUCAAAGAUUUCUACUAUCCAAAUUAUCAAUUUCCCAAAAAAUUCAAUGGAUGCCAUAAUAUAUUCAGUCAUGACUACUACAUGAUUCGUGAAUAUCUUCUACCCGGAUGGUUAUUAACUGUGCAAAUUUGCAUAACUUUAGCUUUUAUCUUGACAUUUUUGACAUUGGGUUUGUUGGCGUUGGAAUUGAUAAGAUGGCCAUUGAAGACAGUAUUGCAAUACGAAUGGCUCAUGACAAAAAUAUCUCAUAUAGCUUCAGCAGUUGCAAGUGGCAUGAUAUUUUUGGGGAUUUUAAUCUUUGGCUUCAAUGCAUACCGCCGCGAUUGGUUGAUGUAUCCAAAAUUCAAUAUUAUCUCAUGGUCUUUUGGUCUGGCUGUGGUAGCAAUGGCUUUAUUGGGUGCAGCAUCUGCAAUGUUACGCCGUGAAGCGAAGCGUGCCUACGAAAUUCGGGACCAAGCCAAAAAUUUAGUUAUGCAAAUGGAAAUGCAAGAACCAGGUUUUCAUCCAUCCCGUUCAUUAUCUCGAAGUCUUCACAGCGGUGGCUACAUCUAAACAGAAUAGCAUUCAAACUCAAACGCAGCAUUUCGAUAUUUUUGAUCAUUGGAAGCCCAAAUCAAUGGCCAACUUUAGCAUUCCAAUUUAAUCAAUGAUCUGCUUCACAUAAAUCUAUUAUCUUUCACACAUUCCCUCCUACAAAACCCCAAUAGCUUUUAGUGGGUUUUUAUAGUGUAACAUAUGAAUCACAUACAUUUUUUUAAUCAAUGAGUUCGAAGUGCACUUAUGUUGGCACAUUAAUAUAAAUUUAAGACAACUAUAACUACAUUAAAAGUUCAAUUGGUUUGAAUUGAAUUUAGAAAACUUCAAAAAUGACGCCGUCCAUUUACAAAACGAUACUUUUUCAAACAAAUUUCGGGAGUAUUAAUAAAAAUAAUCAUGAGAAAUU